AGUCGGCCAGUUGAGGCGCGAGGAAGCCAACAGCGGAAAACAAAAGAAGGUGCCAAGCCCGUCGAGGACCGAUCUCGUCGCAGAAGUCGUCCAAGGACCCCCGUGCUCUUACCCUGUGCAUUUUGCCUCUCGCGUGUGCAGCCCGUGACCUACACGCGAUCCGCGAUCUGAUCUACAUCGUGUUCGGAACAACGGAGUCAAGAGUUAUAUCCCAGCGUCGUUCCAGCAAGGAUAUAUCAUCGGACACCUUCAGAUCCCGCCGAUCUAACCCGCGUAAUUACUCCACUAUCGCGCCGGUACCAUAUACGACUCCUCUUUCCUCCCGCUCGUCGAACCGCUCUGUGAUCAUCGCGAUUCCCGUCGUGAUCCCGUCGUGUCGUGUUCGCGUUCAAACCACUUCCCACCGGGUCCACGUAGACCCCGAGUCUACGACGAGGUCAGUACUCGGGGAAUCGGGUACGCGAGUCCGCGCGCACGCGCACCGAAUUCGUCGUUUUCGUCGAGCCUGAUACACGUGACCGAGCCGUGUACUCGGUGGAAGCCGGCAUCAUAGCGUCGAGAAGCGAGCAGCCAGCCACCAUGUCAAAGCUCUACGUGGGCAAUCUGCCGUCAGAUUGUAACGAGAGCGCUCUCAGGCAACUCUUCCAGGAGCACAGCCUGGCAUGCACCACGAUCCUGGUGAAGCGUGGCGGCUACGCCUUCGUCGACUGCGCCGAUCAGUCCACAGCCGAUCGGGCGAUCGACAAGCUGAACGGAUAUACCUAUCUCGGAUCCUCGCUCGUUGUAGAACCGUCUGUAGCCAGCGCAGCAAAGAAACGCAGUACGGUUUCACGUACGUCGAUGAUAACGGAGCGCCAAGAGCAGCGAUACCAUCAUCAAUUCGAUAUCAUAAAGCGGUCGGCACUUUCGUCUGCCAUAAAUCGUAAAUUUUCAUACCUCGCGCGCGAUAGAUUGCUUAUUUGA